AUGGCGGAUGAAGCCAGAAGCUUGCUCUCCACUGGCGCGUCACAUGCCUACGCCACACCACCCGGCGACUUUAACCAGCUCACCCACCCGUUGGCGACAGGUUUGCCAACGUCCUGCGCGCCGACCGACAGCGACGUCGAGGCAGCUAUGACCCUCGAGACGCCGAUCAAUCCGCGUGCUGAGAUUUUCGCUCUCCUCCACUUGGCAGGCCCUAUGUUUGCGACCUUUUUGCUCGAGAUCUUGCCAGGUUUCCUCUCCGUCGUGCUCGUGGGACACAUCAACUCGCCGCACACCAAGGAGUUUGUGGACGCAGCCACCAUCGUCGACU